ACUGCGUUUCAGGCUUUCCUGAAUUUUAUUCUGCCACGAUUUUGUUCUAUACCACAAAAUGUCGAAGAGGAAUUGGAAUCGAAAGCAGUGUUCGGUGCACCUGCCCAGGAGCGAACUGGUAGAAAUAGGUCCCAUGAUGCCCAGCUCCAGCGGAUCUUCAUCCGGGGCCUCGAAUGACUAUCCUCAUCUUUCGUUCCCGAAGAGUAACAAGGGUCUACUGACUUUCACCGAUAUUGGCAACAAAGAGAAUACGAAUACGAAAAGCUUGGGCAAACUAUGCCAUGAUUGGGGAAACCUUUUAGAAGCGGAAAUUUUCCUGCAGGAAACUAAUGAGCCUCUGAUCCCCAGUUCGCAAGUUCCUAGCGAGGUUCCCAAAGUGGAUCAGGUGCAGCUGCCAGAUUGCAUAAUCAUAUCAAGCACUGGCGAAAAUUCCGCUGACCGGAAAAAGGGAGCCGUUAAAAAAAGCAGCCAAAGGAAGAUAAUUCCUUUUGGGCUAGGGAAUGUUGCCUUGCUGGAUACCGAUACAGAGCCGAAUAUUCAGGUGACCCCUCCUGAGUGGAAUAAUCGGGGUUCAGACUUGGUUUUCCACCAGAACCUGGAUAAUAAGAUUUCUGUAAAGACUGUGAUGCCCAAUUUUCUUUCCAAUUUGCAUGGACUUCCGACGACCAGUACGGGUACGGAUCCAAAGUCUAUGCUAUCCACGUGGAUUGCUCCGCGGACUUAUGACAAUGAUUUUACGGUUCUUAAGAGUAAUAACGAACCAGAUUCAGAAAUAGUGGUAACCGAAUUGCCGUCGAUACCUUCUACUUCCACUUCCCAGCCACCGGAGAAAGAUGCUUCGACUGAAUAUUUGAUUAUUACUGAGAGCAGCGGUGAUGUCUUUCCGAUUGGGUCCGGUUCUAUGAAAAGUAUCGAAAGGGAUCCAAUGUGGAGCUCCACCUGCAUUAGCUCGUCGUGCGGAAAAAAAGAGACUAGUAAGGGUAGAAAGUCAGUAAAACAGAUGAACGAUCCUCCGCAAAGCGUUUGGCGCAAGGACAACCUGUGCGAGACUUCCUUGCAGGCAAUUCAGAACUCAAAUUCUUCUCAGAGCAGCAUGGAAAGCUGGCGGAGCAUCGAGGCAAUCUGCAUGCGCCUGAGGGGCAUCGAUGUUCCGGGGGAAGUGGGUCUCCUGUCGGAAACCCCAACCUUCGAGGACAUUUUCGACGUUCUGGGCAUUGCGGAUGAUAAUGACUAGACUGAAUCUGACAACGAAUAAGAUUACAGUGAGAGGGUAAGGUGUAAAACCUAUAUCU